CCAAUACGGGUAAGAAAACGGGAAGUAAAAGAAAAGAAGGAAAUAAAGAGCUCCUCAAGCUCUCAACGCUCUCUGAUGGCAUCGACAGCUGCAGUUCGAGCCGUCAUAUUCUCCCGUAUCACCGCUCUGUCAGCCAAACCUCUCCCACCUUAUAUCUCUCACUUCUUCCCCAACGGCCGCAACCGCCCUUCUUCCGCCGUAACUGUCAGCUGCUGCUUAAACGGUGGCGGAAUCUACGACGACUACUUCGUAUCGACGCAGAAGUCGAAUUUAGAUCGGGGAUUCUUAGUGAUUGCUAAUAUGCUGAAGCACAUCGAACCUCUUGACAAUUCCGUUAUUUCCAAGGGGGUUUCUGAUUCCGCCAAGGAAUCGAUGAAGCGGACUAUCUCGACUAUGCUAGGGAUUCUCCCUUCUGAUCAGUUCUCCAUUUUGGUUUCCCUUUCAUCGCCUCCUCUUCAUCGCCUCCUCUUCUCAUCUAUCAUCACAGGGUAUACGCUGUGGAACGCGGAGUACAGGGUUUCGUUGAUGAGGAAUCUAGAAAGAGCAUCGCCUGUGAAUGAGACGGCGGACGAGACGGAGGGUGUUAGGCGACAGAAGAGAGAGGUGAUUGAGGAGAAGAGGGAGGUGAGAGAGAGUGGAAGUGGUGGAUUUGAGGAGUUGGAGAAGAUAAGGCCAUGGGUUUUCGGGGAUUUGUCGCCUGAGGCUUUGAAGUAUAUUGAGAAGCUGCAGGCUGAGUUAUCUGAUGUGGAGGAGGAACUGAGUGCCCAAAAGAAGGAAAAUGUGCGAAUAGAAUGUGACAGGGAAAACAGGAACGAUUUGUUAGAGUAUUUACGAUCCUUGGAUGGCAACAUGGUGAUAGAAUUAUCCCAACCAUCAUCAGUACAAGUGGAGGAAAUAAUCCUCCAGCUUGUUCAAAAUAUAUUGCAAAGGUUCUUUAAGGAUGCACUUAUGAGAGAUUCAGGGAUAGUGAACACAGGAAUUCAUCAAGAUGCUACUGAUGAAAAUUUUGGCACUGUUGGCACUUCCCGUGAUUACCUUGCAAAGCUGCUUUUCUGGUGUAUGCUAUUGGGUCAUCAUUUGAGAGGCUUGGAAAACAGAUUGCAACUAAGUUGUGUUGUUGGAUUGUUGUAAAGUAAGGUGUAUGACAAAUAUAUAUUCUUUUUUCUUUUCCAUUAAAGCUUUUAAUGAUUAUCAGAUCAAUUUUCUU